CCGAACAUGUCCUUAUUUAAUGUCUGCAAUUGGUGGAGUGCCCAAUGUUCGGAUUUGGAUGAAAAUUAUGAUGUGGCCAGUUUGCUGUGUGCCCGUUUUGGUUUGGAUGAACAGGAAAAGGAUUACAUUGUGGUGGGUUCGCAUACGGGACAAUUGAGUAUCUAUUAUCCGAGUUAUGAACAGGAUGCCAAUGGUAAUAGUGUGGGCUAUAAGGCCACUGAUUUGCUAUUGGAAAUACAAACGGAACAUCCCAUAUUGGGGGUAUAUGCAGGAAGAUUUAGUGCCAACAAUCGCAAAGAGAACACCAAUCAAUUGGCUUUAUUGCAUCCCAAUUCUUUGGUCAUCUAUAAUAUAAUGCAUGUGGGCGGUGUGGCCGAACAUGGCUCCCAGUUAAGUCUCCAACAACUCACUGAAUAUCGUUUUGCACGCACCGCUUUUUCCUUUUGCAAAGGACACUUUGGCAAAGUCAAGGGCCGAGAAUUCUUUUGUGUUGUCCACUUGGAUGGUUCAUUGACCUUCUUCGAACAGGAUGGCAUUUCGUAUGAGUGCAAGUUCCCUGGUCAUCGUGCCUUACCUACACCAGUGGUGUAUUGUGAGAGAACGGAUUGUUUCUUUCGCUUGGCCUCGGCAUGGAAUUUGGAAUGUUACACAUACCAGGACCUCUCACAUUCCUCCAUUAAUAAAUCCCACUAUCAACCCAUAUGGUCGGUGUGCUUGGGCGAGGGCAUAUUAGAUAUGAAUGUAGUGCAAGUCAAGACCGAUUAUGCCUCCAUAAUGGUGUUGGGAGAACGCAAUUUUAUAAGUGUCUCCGAUACUGGCAAAGUGGAAUUCAUACUAAAAUUGGAUUAUGCACCCAAAUGUUUUCAUUCCUUUGUGGUGGGCUACUAUUGGGAACCCACCGCCCGCUUGGUCACCAUCAUUGUCUCAGAAUCUUCGAAAGUUUUCAUUUAUGAAAAUGCCAAUGUCAUGUGGGCUGCCCAAUUUAAGCAUGAAUCCCCAGUGGCCAUACAAAGGUCCAAUCUUAUGGGUCUACCAGGUGGCAUAGUAACUUUGGGACCCAAAGGAAAAUUACGCAUAGGCUAUUUGGGUUCAGAUCCCUAUAUAUUUCAAGUGCCUCCCUUGAAUAUGGAAGAAUUGACAUUUCAACAAGCCCAUGAUGAGUUCAUGCAAUUGGAGCAAGAGAUCAAGGAGGCCACUGAUAUUCAGGAUAUGAAAGCCAUCAACGAAAAGGCUUACAGUGAUGUUCAAAUAAUGUUCUCCAUUGAGCAGAAUACCAAUGAUGAGGCCGAUACCAUGUUAAUGGACAUACCUGCUCAUGUUACCCUCAAAGAUUUGCCAAUUUGUUCCGGUCAACUUAAGUGGCAGACCAAAUGUGAUUUAUCUGAGCUGCAAGUGGUUUUCAAUAUGCCCGAUGGCAUAAAAUGCUCUCAGGACUCUUUGACCUACACCGGUGUAAAGGCUGGCACUAAGGAAGUUAUGGAUUUGGAUUUUUAUAUAUGUGACCUGUUGCAUUUUCCCACAGCCCGUGUGGAGGCCAUCAUAUCGUUUAUCUCCACCAGAGGCAUACCCAGGGUUAUACACAAAUCUGCCUUCUUGCCGUUGAAUAUGUUCUUCAAGACGCGGCAGCCUCAAAAAGCUGCAGCCAUUAAAUUGACUUUUAAUAUCAAAGGCAAUGAAGAUGCCACCAAAUUGACCAAUUUCUUUUCGGAAUUUGUCAGUUGGGAAUCAGAAGUACAAGCCUUGGGUUUGGUACUUCUAACCACAGCCGAUGAGAGUCAAGAGGAAAUCAUAACGAUAGUGGCGGCAAAGAAUUCAAAUCGCAUAAGAUCCAACUUUGUCAAUAGUCGAAUUAUUUGUUCAGACUCUUUUUGUUUCUUUCAGAGUUGGGAAGAAUCCAUGGCUGCUGGCAUAGAUAUGCUCCAUCAUUAUGGACCGCUUAAUCGUUCGAAAAAUGCUGCCACCGAAAAUAACAUGAUUGAUGCCCCCGGCAACCACGAUACUUUCGAUUAUACACGCUUUCGAAAACAUUUUUCCACAUUCUUCGAUCGUAUCAUACGUUUGGCCUUUAACGAUGCCAAGACGGCAAAUAUGACCGAAAUAAAGAUGGAGCCACAGCCUAUGGCCCAGACAGCAGUAGUGGAAACAGCGCCAGAUCUUAGCACAGAGACAUGGCAUGACAUACUCAAUGUCAAGCCAAUGCAGACUACAGUGGGGGCAGUGAAACGUUUGAAACCAUUUCAGAAAUCAUGCACCCUAGAGGCGGUCGAGGAUGAUGACGAAGAGAAUGCCGAAGAUGAUGAGGAUGCUGAAGAUUUGCGUAAAAUGGGCUACAAGAAGGAAUAUGGGUGUAAGGAAAAAAGCAAUGGUGACGAAUCGGAAUGGUUAAAUGAGGAUUUCAAAUUACCCUCAUCCGAAGAGUUAUUUAGUGAUUUGGGAAUAUGGUGGUAAAACAAAAAAAAUUAUUACAAAAAUAUACAAAAAAAUAAAGGUAGAAAAAAAAAUUCAAUUAUUAAAACAUUUUCAUUAUUUUUAUGUAUACAUAUUUAUUUAUUUUUGUAAUUU